AUGAGUAAGGCCGGCUUGUCCUCCAGCACCAAAGCUUUGGACACGGGUGUGUGCCGUCAGCGUGCCAUCAUCGCUCGCCAGGGCCCCGGGACCAGCGACACCCGCAGAAUCCCGGUGCACCGAUCUGAGGAACUGCAGAAAGCCUCUGACCAUCAAGGCGGGAUCAGGCGUCAGGAAGACUCGGACCCGUGGGCAGGUGCGAGGAAAGAGUCUCCUCCCGCCGCCAAGAGACUGAAAAGAAACGCCAUAGAGAAAGAGAGAAAACGCGAGGUGGACAACGAGGAGGCUCAGAAGGUGAAACUCCUUAAUUCUUUGUCGGAGGAGCAGCUGAACCGCUAUGAAAUGUAUCGCUGCUCGGCCUUUCCCAGGGCAACGGUGAAACAUCUGAUCCAGAGAGCCGCUGGCACCUCGGUGUCGCCGAACGUGGUCAUUGCCGUGGCCGGACUGGCCAAGGUCUUCGUCGGGGAGGUGGUGGAAGAGGCCCUGGACGUGUGCGAGAGGUGGGGGGAAACACCCCCGCUGCAACCCAAGCAUCUCAGGGAGGCCGUUCGCAGGUUGAGCUCCAAGGGGAAAGUCCCCAACAACAGGCCCAGAAAUGUCUUGUUCUAG